AUGCACCCCAAAGCUCGAGUUUUGUUCUCCCUUGCAUGUCUAUGCGUCGUCUUCAUCCCCGUUUCUGGUCUGAAGGGCUCAGACUCGACCCCAAACUCGUUGAUCUUGAGCUGCGGCUCUGCCAAUGGUGGCUCCGAUGAGAACGGUCGAAAAUGGGAGCCAGACACCAAGUACCUCGUAUCUUCAGACAAUUCCAUUAUGGCUUCUGCUCAAUACCAGGACCCUUCCUUGCCAUCUGCAGUCCCAUACAUGUCCGCAAGGAUCUUCACAUCUGAAGCCACGUACAAAUUCCCUCUUAAAUCCGCUAAGCGCUACUGGCUGAGGCUUCAUUUUUACCCAUCUGCUUACAGCUCUCUCGCCUCCGACGAAGCCUUCUUCUCUGUCGUGGCUGGCGGGGUCACGCUAUUGAACAACUUUAGCAGUUCAAUCACAGCUCAGGCUCUCACACAAGGUUACAUUAUCAGAGAAUUCUCCUUAGCUCCCUUGCAUUCUGACAAUCUCAAUGUUACCUUCAGGCCUAAUUCCAACACCCACAGUGGGGCUUAUGCCUUCGUUAAUGGGAUUGAGGUGAUUCCGAUGCCCGACUUGUUUGAAGCAGCCACUGUGGUGGGUAUCUCUGACCAGUCGGUUGAAGCGGGGAGCUUGAGUAUGCAGACAAUGUUCAGGUUGAAUGUCGGAGGGCAGUACGUUUCUCCUACUAAUGAUUCUGAGCUUUCGAGGACUUGGUACGAUGACUCACCAUAUCUGUUUGGGGCAAGCUCUGGGGUCACCUCCAUGGCGGAUAAUAAUGUGAAGAUCCAGUACAAGGACAUGCCGGGUUAUGUAGCUCCGGUGGACGUGUACAAGACAUCAAGGUCUAUGGGACCGGACCCAAAAAUUAAUGAGAAUUAUAACCUCACUUGGGUUUUUCAAGUUGAUGGGAACUUCACUUACCUUGUGAGAUUUCAUUUCUGCGAGUACCAGAUGACAAAGAUCAACCAGAGAGUGUUCGAUAUAUACAUCAACAAUCAAACUGCAAUGGCUCGGGCAGAUGUUAUCGCUUGGUCAGGAUCAAAGGCAGUUCCUGUGUACAAAGAUUACGCAAUGUACGUCCCGGAUGGGCAAGGAGAUGAGCAGCUCUGGGUGGCUCUCCAUCCUUCCACUUCGGUGAAGCCUAUGAUCUAUGAUGCAAUUCUGAAUGGGCUGGAAAUCUUCAAGCUUAGUGAUGCGGCAGGGAACUUGGCAGGCCCUAAUCCGACGCCUUCGUCGAUGCUUUUGAAAGCUGAGCCUGAGAAACCGAAGUCUUUUGCACAAACAAAGUCGACAGACAAUGGUAAAGUCAUUGGUGCCAUCGGUGGAGUUGCUUCUCUCGGGGUAGUGGCGGCUCUAUGCCUAGCAGUUAGUUACCAGAGGAAAAGAAGAGUCCCCGGGAGCGAGUCCCAGAGCUCUAAUUGGCUACCCAUCUAUGGGAACUCCCGAACAACGGUUAGCAAAUCGACUAUCUCUGGAAAGAGUACCAUCAGCAGCAACAUUUCGAAUGAGGCUGCGUGCAAUUCCCGUCAUUUCACUUUGGCCGAGAUCAAACUUGCAACCAGGAACUUUGAUGAAUCUCAGGUGAUUGGGGUUGGAGGUUUUGGGAAGGUUUACAAGGGAGUUGUCGAUGGAACAACCAAAGUGGCCAUCAAGAGGUCGAACCCGUCGUCGGAGCAAGGAGUAAAUGAAUUCCAGACUGAGAUUGAGAUGCUUUCCAAGUUGAGGCACAAGCACUUGGUGUCUCUGAUUGGAUACUGUGAAGAGAAUGAUGAGAUGAUCUUGGUUUACGACUAUAUGGCAUAUGGCACACUUAGGGAGCAUUUGUACAAGACCAACAAGCCCCAUCUCCCAUGGAAGCAAAGGUUGGAGAUUUGCAUAGGAGCAGCAAGGGGGCUUUACUACCUUCACACCGGUGCGAAGUACACCAUCAUCCACAGGGAUGUGAAGACUACAAACAUUCUCUUGGAUGAGAAAUGGGUGGCAAAGGUUUCAGAUUUUGGGCUUUCUAAAACAGGCCCUAACAUGAACCAAUCUCAUGUUAGCACUGUGGUGAAGGGAAGCUUUGGUUACUUGGAUCCCGAGUACUUCCGGAGGCAACAAUUGACGGAAAAAUCUGAUGUCUAUUCAUUCGGCGUUGUCCUUUUCGAGGUCUUGUGCGCGAGGCCAGCGCUAAACGCAAGCCUCCCAAAGGAACAAGUUAGCCUAGCUGAUUGGGCCCUGCAUUGCCAGAGGAAGGGACUCCUUGAGGAGAUCAUAGACCCUCAUCUCAAGGGGAAAAUCAAGGCAGAGUGCCUCAAGAAGUUCGCCGACACAGCUCAGAAGUGCUUGGCUGAUCAAGGCAUCGAUCGUCCAUCUAUGGGUGAUGUGCUGUGGAACCUUGAGUUUGCUCUCCAGCUGCAGGAAAAUCCUGAGACUGUAAAAUUGGAUCUGCAAAGUAUGGAGAAUGAUACCUCUGAAAAUCUUAGGAACAACCUAAGCAUUGGCAGCUCAACCGAGAUUAGCGGGGCAUCAGACGACCUGAAUUCCAGCGAGAUCUUCUCACAGAUUGUCAAUCCAAAAGGGCGAUAA